CUUUAACAGUUGCCCCGCCCACUCGGUCGACACGCGUGUUGCUAGUUUGCAAGCAUGGCUUCUUCAGCUAAGAAGAGAGCAAUAGAUUUUGGUAAAAAUCCACAGGAAAGUGAAAACAGCUCCGAUGAGGAUCCAGAGGAUGAUGGUGAUUCCGGGGAGGACAGCGGGGAAUCCGAGGAGGAGAUCAAUGAGGAGAUCAUGGUUGACUUUGAAGCACACGCCAUCUCAAACAACGACUUCAAUGGUGUUAAGAAACUCUUACAACAGCUCUUCCUGAAGGCUCAUGUAAAUCUUUCCGAGAUGACAGACCUCAUCAUUCAACAGAAUCACAUUGGAAGUGUCAUCAAGCAAGCUGAGGUGCCAGAAGACAGCGACGAUGAUGACCCUGAUGAAGUAUUUGGCUUCAUCACUUUGCUCAACCUUACAGAAAGAAAGGAUGUGCAAUGUGUUGAGGAGUUGAAGGAGCUGAUCGUGGAUCAGUGUGAGAAGAGCUCUACCCCCAGUGUGACGGAAGAGCUAGAGCAGAUCUUCAACGACGCCAGCAAGCCUGUUGGGCUUCUGCUGACUGAGCGCUUCAUCAACGUGCCCCCACAGAUCGCCCUCCCACUGCACAAACAGCUCCAGGAAGAACUGGAGGAAGCUCAGAGGACAAAUAAGCCCAGUGGGAAGUGUCACUAUUGUCUGUUGAUCAGCAAGACCUGCAAAGACGCAAAGAGUAUUCCAGCCAGAGGAGGAGCUCCCAAAGAGGAAUACUUGUUUGUCAAUGCAGAGGAGGAAUUCUUCUAUGAGCAAGCCGUCAUAAAGUUCCACUACUCGGUCCAGGAAGAGACGGACACCUGUUUGAGCGGCAGGUGGUCGUUCGACGACGUACCCAUGAAACCUUUCAGGACCGUGAUGCUGAUACCAGCAGACAGAAUGCCCGCUAUCAUGACCAAACUCAAAGAAUACCUAACUGUGUGAACCAAACCAAUAAACUAUGACGGCUGUGGAAACGGAA